GCCCAGGGCGUGGCUGGAUAAAGGCAGGCCCAGAGGCGGCUGCAGCCCACUCGGAACCUCCUGGCUGCCUGGUGAGCCUCACAGGCGAGGCCUGACAUGGACGCUGUGGCCCUGCGGCUGCUGGUCCUCCUGGCAGGCCUCUCUGCCCUGGACGCCAAUGACCCAGAAGAUAAGGACAGUCCUUUCUACUAUGAUUGGCACAGCCUCCGGGUGGGCGGGCUCAUCUGCGCAGGGGUUCUGUGCGCCACAGGCAUCAUCGUCCUCAUGAGUGGGAAAUGCAAAUGCAAGUUCAGCCAGAAGCCCAGCCACCAUCCAGGGGAAACCCCGCCGCUCAUCACCCCAGGCUCCGCCAAUAACUGUUGAGGGCGGAUAAGAGAGCACAGCCGGUCCUCUCUUCCCCCCCGAGUCCUAGCGCUGUGUGGAGCGGGACCCCAGGACGGAAUUCUCCUUCCUCUCCUCAGACGGCUUCGCCAGGACCUUGCCUGCCUCUGACCAAAGAGGGGUCUCUGCUCAACAUUUUUUUUUUAUCUAAAAUGGCCUUGCCUUCUGCCCAAA